GGUUCUGAAGUUUUCUGGUGAAAAAGAUCUGGCAACCCUGUCCAUGUUCCAUGUUUAUCUUAUGUGUUUAUCAUCUAGAAAACAAUUUAUAUUUAUCAUCACCUAAUCACCUGUGAUUGCGAUCAUCACUUUUUAAUUAUCAUGUAAUUUUCUCGAAAUUGUUCGUGGAUAAAAAUAAUCUUAUAUAUACUCAUAUUGACAUGACGUUCGAUCAUGAUAGGCAAAAUAUCCUUUGAAUGAAUGUGUCCAGUUAUUACUGUUCAUUAUUAUGAAAACUUAGUUCAGUGUGGUUCAGUUUAUCAGUUUUAAUGAAAAUGAGCGAAAAUUGUAACAAAAGGGGCUGGUGGACGAAAUAUUCUGAAGAUCGGUUAAUUGAAGUCGAAUCGAAGAUACUAACAGUAUUAAAAUCUGCCUACAAAACAUGGUUUGUGUCUAUCGGAUCUACAAUAGGCAAAGAUGACCAAAUAUGGACGAUAGCUUUAAAUGAUCAGGCUCAAAACACUCCUCUUGUUAUGCUUCAUGGUUUUGCUGCCGGAUUAGGAUUUUGGUGCUUAAAUCUAGAUGAUAUCGCUAAAGAUAGACCUGUAUAUGCUAUUGAUUUAAUAGGUUUUGGAAGAUCAUCUAGACCAUCUUUUGCCAAGGACUGUGAUACUGCAGAGCAACAAUGGAUAUCUGCAUUAGAAGCGUGGAGGAAACAGUUAGAACUAGAUAAGUUUAUUUUGUUAGGUCACAGUUUUGGAGGAUAUUUAGCUACAAGUUACGCUAUGAGUUAUCCAGAUAGGGUGAAACAUUUAAUUUUAGCUGAUCCGUGGGGUUUUUCUGAAAAACCAGCCAAUAUUCAACCUCGAACAUGGGUGAAGGUCUUAGGAGUUGUUUUAUAUCCUUUAACAUACUUUAAUCCCCUAGCAACUGUAAGAGCUGUAGGACCUUUUGGUCCAUGGUUGGUUAGGAAGCUAAGGUCAGAUAUAUCCAACAGAUAUGAGGAUGCUUUUGAGGACAAACAUAUUAUUACAGAGUAUAUAUAUCACUGUAAUUCACAAUACCCCAGUGGCGAAAGUGCUUUCCAUACGUUCUUAAAAGGAUUUGGAUAUGCAAAGAAUCCAAUGAUUACCAGAUAUGACAAGCUUCACGAUCAUAUUCCAAUUACUGUAGUCUAUGGUGAGAAAUCUUGGAUUACAAAAGAUCCUGGAUAUGUAUUAAAAGACAAAAAAAAAUAUGUUAAUAUUGAGAUUAUUCCACGUGCUGGUCACCAUUUGUAUUCAGAUGAGCCCAAAAUAUUCAAUGAAAUAGUUAGAAAAACUUGUAAACUCUCUGAGGAUCCUGACACUAUAGUUCAAAACUUUGGUGAUAGCAAUUCGUCAACAAGAAUACUGAAACAUAUUGUUGUAUCUCAUGAUACUUUAACCAGUGAAACUGUUCACUUCGAAGACGAAGAAAUUAUAGAAUUUUCUGAGGACAGUAACACGCAUAUUACACCACAAUAGUAAAUUUUAUUUUCAAUAAUUUAAAUUUAAUAUUUUGAUUUUGAAAAAAGACAGCAGUUUAUACUCGUAAUAAAUACAUCAUAUUAGUUUAUUAUUAAA